GCGACGCGGGGGUUCGCCGCCGGCGCGGCGGCCUGGGGCGACGCCUGGGGUGCGCAGUGCCCGGCGUGCCCGGCGCCGCCUCCGUGCCCUUCCUGCUCCUGCACUUGCGAGCCGCGGCUGGCGUGCCCAGGCGGCUCGGUGUCGGAGGUCCAGCGGCCCGAGCUGCUGGGAGUCAGCCUUGCGUGGCUGGCCAGCCUUGCCGCGGUGGGCGCCGCUGGCUGGGCCUUUGGCAGGCGGGGCGCACCCGCGACACCAGGGGCCCCUGCGCCGGCGGGCGUUCCCGCGCGGCCGCCCGCGGCGGCCUUCGAGGCUCCGGCUUCAGCGGCGCAGCUGGCGGCGGCUCAGGAGGGGGAUUUCAUCCUGGUCGAGUACGUGGGGUGCGCCAACGUGUGGCACGAGCGAUUGGUGGUGCUCGCGCCCGACGGAUCGGGCCUGGCGUGUACCCUCACGCCGGAUGACGACAGCUACGAGGAGGACCUCUUCGCCGCCGCUGAUGUGCGCCGCUGGCUGCCGUGCGAAGGCGGACGCAUGGGUGCGUACCCUCCAGCUGCAGCUGGGAUGCACGUGCACGGCUUCAGGGGCGUCCCAGCGCCCGCGCGGGUCGCGCAGGUGCUAGCUGCGGGAGCUGCGAGGAUGGGAGUCGCCUUGGGCGCUGGGGACGCGGUGAUGCCCAACCUGGUUGGCGCUGCAGGGAUUGGUGGGCCCGCCGUGGCGGCUGGAGUGGCUGGCUUGGCCGCUGCGCUCGCUGGCGGCCCAGCGGCCCCCGUGGCAGGCGCCCCGGCGCUGGCAGGCCCCCCGCCGCCGCUGGUAGCGGCGCCCACAGCUGCAGGGCCAGUUGCCGCAGCUGGAGGCCUUGGAGCCGCGGCGGCUGCGGCCGCGCCAGCUGAUGCGCGCAUCCAGCCCGUCACGCACGACCUGCAGGGGCAGCGACGCGCGGACUACCGCAGCGCGGUCAUGAACAUGACUGAGGGGGCUUUUCCCGACUGGCCAGUCAGGGGUCCGCGGACGGCGCUGUGGGUCCUCAAGUUCAUGGAGGCUCACGGCGGCACUCCAACGGGCCGCCACUCGCGCUGGCUCGCGGAGACGCGCUCGCAGGGGCUCGAGCCCGGCGUCGACGAGCACGAGCGGGCGUGCAGGACCCUCGAGCGCAUGGUGAUCUACGACCAGCUGAAUGUGGCUAAUCUCGCUUCGGGCGAGAUGCUGGCCAGGGCCGUGCAGCUCCAGGAGGAGCGCUACAGGGGCCGCGUCGCCCCGGCAGCUGAUUCGGGCAGCCUCGACGCACGCGUGUUGCUCGGCACGGACCAGCUGCGCGGGAACGCGUGCGUCGCGCCGACGCUGCAGGACCACAUCAAGGACGAGCUCACGAAGAUGAAUGCGUACAGGAAGGAGCAGCGCAAAGCCAGAGAGGAGCGCGACUUGGCCCGCAAGAGCAAGAAGGGGACCAAGGGCGACAAGGGCUCUGGCAAG